CUUUAAAAGGGACGGGCAGGCGACUUACCCCACCCUCUCCCUCCCCAGCCCAAAAAAUUUCCUCGCCCCUCCCCGAAGAAUCCCACCACCACAACCACUGCCACGAAGAACCAAUCCGCCCCCUCGCCUCCCCCAGGCCGCCGGUUCCCCCCCGAGAAGGGUAAAUGGGAUCAGAAGGGCCUUCAAUCGUGACUGUACAUGUUACUGGAUUUAAGAAGUUCCAUGGUGUUGCUGAGAACCCGACAGAGAAACUUGUGACCAACAUUAAAUCGUUCAUUGAAAAGAGAGGGUUGCCGAAAAAUCUUGUACUUGGAAGCUGCGAAAUUCUCGAAACAGCCGGGCAGGGGGCGCUUGGAACAUUAUAUAAAGUUCUAGAAUCUGCCAUUGCAGAUAGAGAGAACGGGUCAUCAGCUCAGGGGCAAAUAAUUUGGGUCCACUUUGGGGUAAAUAGUGGUGCAUCACGGUUUGCUCUUGAGAAUCAAGCUGUGAAUGAAGCCACCUUCCGCUGCCCAGAUGAGCUUGGGUGGAAACCUCAGAGAGUGCCUAUUGUGCCAUCUGAUGGAAGCAUCUCACGGACAAGAGAGACUACACUGCCAGUGAAGGAGUUAACCAAGUCACUCCGAAAGACAGGCUACGAUGUGAUGCCUUCGGAUGACGCGGGGAGAUUCGUGUGCAACUAUGUGUACUACCACUCCCUCCGGUUUGCAGAGCAGCACGGCAUCAAGUCUCUGUUUGUGCAUGUGCCCCUCUUCUCGACAGUCGACGAGGAGGUCCAGAUCCAUUUCGUCACUUCCCUCGUCGAAGCUCUUGCUAGCUUGAACUAGGAACGGCAACUUAAAAGGUCAGCGGUUUGACCUGGACGAUGUAAAGUUGGACGCAGACUGAAUAAGAUUGUGUGGUGAUUGGCGCCUAUUGGUCAGAUCUUGCUCCAAAAAGGGUGUAUUUAAGGGGAGAGAAAAAGAAAAACGAUGCUUAGAGUGUGUGUGAAAUGCCGGCUUGCAUGCCAUCAGUUACAUGUCCUUAACUUGCAUGAAAACCUGGUUCCAAUAAAAUUGACAGAUCAUUGGAGUAGAUGCAGCGUGUGCGAUGCAAUUUGUUGA